AUGCAAAUCGAUUUAUUAGAUUAAUAAAUAGUAAAGAAGAAAAGAUCAUAAUCAAAUAAGGAUAAUGAAGAUUCCAUACCUGCAUUUUUAUUGAAAACAUAUGAAAUAAUAGAAGUAUUAAUUAAUUUUAAAUAAAAAGAAUCCUUAAAAUAAUGAGAUAAUUAGUUGGAAUGAAGAAGGAACUGCCUUUAUAGUUAAAAAAGUAAAUGAAUUCUCAAAUAUCAUAUUACCUAAAUCAUUUAAACAUAGUAACUUUGCUUCAUUUGUUCGAUAAUUGAAUAUGUAUGAUUUUCAUAAAACCAGACAUGAUAAUAAUGAAAAUGAAUUCAAGCAUAAUUUGUUUUAAAAGGGUAAAAAGUAAGUUAUAUAUAUAUUUUAGACAUUUUCUAAGUUAAAUCAAACGAAAGACUAGUGAUGUAAAAGAAUAGAAUUCCUUGAGUUUAAUAAAGAAUGAAUAAAUAAGAAAUGGAUAAAGUGAAAAUUCUGAAGUAUAUUCUUCUUAGAUUUUGAUGUAAAUGGGAAAAUUGUAAAAUAAAUAAAUGGAAUUAGAAAAAUUAAUUAAAAUUUUUAUUAAGUAAAAUGAAAAGGUAAUGAAGGAAAAUAAAUACUUAUGGAGUGAAUUAACAAAAAAUAAGUAUGAUAAAUAUUAAUAUAGAGGCAUAAGAAUGAAAAUUCAGAAGAAUAAAUAAUGAAAUGGGUUUUAUAAUCAUUAUAAGGAACCAAAUAAAAUAAUAAACUUAAGAGUAGUAUUUAAUCAAAUAAUUUGUUAAUGUUGAAAUAAACCAGCGAAAAUGAUGAUGAAAUAUAAUUUGAAUAACAAAACCAAAGAAAUUUUGAAAAUGAGAAAUUAAUAUUUGAUUAAUUGCCAUCUCAAAUUAUAAGUUAAAAUUUAGAAUAAUAGAUUGAAAAAUUAUCAAAAACUUAAAUAAUUUAAGUAUUAUUGAGUGCAAUUACAAACAAUUAAAAAUAAGAAAAAAAAAAUAAUAAUACAAAAUUUGAAGAUGAAAUUAGUUUUGAUGAUGAAUAUCCAGUUAAUAAAAAAAUAGAUAUAAAAUAAGAGAAUUAAGAUAAAAAAUAAGAAAAUUAACUUAUAGUUUAUAAUGAACCUUAUUUUUUUCAUAAAUUAGAAGAUAAUUAUAUCAUUUCAGAAUCACCUAAUCCAAGUCGUAAGAACUCUUAUUAUGAUCAAGAUCUUAUUCCAUAAUUUUUAGAUAGUGAAUUAUGA